AUGCCAUGGACACGGAUGAUGAUAGCGAUGCUAGGGUGGCUGCUGGGUCUGAUGCUGCACCGGCAGGGCCUCCACCUCCGCAGCCAGUGCACUGGCAACCGCAUGGGCCCCACCUCGACGGUGGCGAUGGGAGUGAUGAAGCAGACUCCAAGUCUGCCACUAGCUCUGACACACCGCCCGUCCUCCGAAUCGCUGGUGGAUGAGCUACUCAGUCUUGAGAAAAGACAGAGGCGGGAAGAAACCAGUGAAAUGGGACUCCAGGCUGUGGCAGACCUGGGCAGACGGGUCUUACGUGGACCCUUCCUACAAAAGUGGCAAGAGGCUGGCGCGGAAAAGCCGAGGUGGGCAUGGGAUCCAGCAGCUGCCGACGAGGCACUGGACCCCACACAUGAGGACCUCGAUGACCUGGUCCUGGGAGCUGGAGCACUACGAGCAAUACAACGGGCUCUGGCUCUGGCGUGGCGACUACAGUACAGGUGCAAGAGGACAACCCCGCUCUCAGCCAACGGCAAUUGGGUGGGCGACAAGGCGCUUUCACGAGGAACCUCAAUGGUGCCUCUUGGCGAGACACGCUCCAUUCGGCUCGAUACAGCUUACGACUGGCACCAUGGAAGCGAUGGGUCGAACAGGUCCGCAUUGCUUUGGAAGUCUGCAACCAGCAGGCCUAGAUGGAUGUGCUGGCGUGAUCGCUCCCUGCGAGCUCAGGAUGUGCGAGCCGAUGCCACGGCACCACAGCACCACAGCACGGCCGGCUGCCAGGGUGUGCCAUGA